AUGGACGUCUCAUUUCCUACGGACCCUCGUGAAUUCGACAGCGAUGAUCGCAUAUCGUUUUCCAAACUCGACCAGAAAUUCAUUGCAGUUCACGAUGACGGCAACGAGUACGAGUUUGACGCCGAUUCCAAACGAUGGGUGCUUGCAGAUGAGAAUCCACUGGAGCCACCAACAGCUGGCGCAUUCAAUGACUUUGCAGAAUCUGUAUCGCAUGAUACUGUAGAUGGUGGAGCAAAAAAACGCAAGAAUGAAUCAAGCCAUGAUUCUGAAACUCCCGAACCCAGUAAACCUUCACGACCAAACAAGAAGCAGCAAAAGGCACCUCAACAGCCUAAACAGAAUACAGCCAUCUAUGUCACAGGUUUACCUGCUGAUGCAACGGUUGAGGAAGUCCACGAUCUUUUCUCUCGAAAGGGUGGCGUUAUCGCAGAGGAAAUUGACAGCGGAGCACCACGGAUCAAACUAUACACCGACUCAGAUGGCAACUUCAAGGGCGACGCGCUGAUUGUUUUCUUCAAGCCACAGAGCGUAGAGAUGGCCAUUAUGCUUCUCGAUGAUACAGACUUCAGAAUCACUCCCAGUGGCACACGUGAAGGACGGAUGCGCGUUCAGGCCGCAGACUCAAGUUACAAGAAAGUUAAAUACGACCAGGAAGGUGGUGCAGGUGGGGAAGGGGCCAAUGUCACAGCUGAGCGUAAACCACAGAACAAGGAUCGCGACAGGCAAAAGAUCAUCAAGAAGACUCAGAAACUCGACGCGAAGCUGGCAGACUGGGAUGACGACGUGCCCUACCCGGGCCAGCCGGAGACCGCGACCAAGUGGGACAAGCUUGUGAUUCUUCGGCAUAUGUUUACGCUGGAAGAGCUUGAGGAGGACCCUGCUGCCCUGCUGGAGAUCAAGGAGGACAUCCGGGAAGAAUGUGCCAAGCUGGGUACAGUGACAAAUGUUGUCCUGUUCGACCAAGAACCAGAAGGCAUAGUCUCAGUCAAGUUCAAAGAUGCGGAUUCAGCCCGUGCAUGUAUCAACCUCAUGCAUGGACGAAGUUUUGAUGGUCGAACAGUGGAAGCUUUCCUAGCGACAGGACAAGAGAAGUUCAAGCAGUCGAAGAACGAUACGAGCCAGGGAGACUCAGAUUAG